AUGGAGCAGGGGAACUGCACGGGGGCGACAGAGUUCAUACUGAUGGGACUAUCCCAGACGCAGGAGGUCCAGCUUCUCCUCUUUUUCUUCUUCCUGCUCUUCUACAUCAUCAUCCUCCCAGGGAAUUUCCUCAUUAUCUUCACCAUCCAGAGUGACCCCUGCCUGAGCUCCCCCAUGUAUUUUUUCCUGGCUAAUCUGGCCUUCCUGGACAUCUGCUACUGCUCCGUCACCCCUCCGAAGAUGGUGGCUGACUUCUUCUCCCUCUGCAAGACCAUCUCCUAUGGGGGCUGCAUGGCCCAGCUUUUCUUCCUCCACUUCCUGGGGGGCGCCGAGGCCUUCCUGCUCAUGGCCAUGGCCUAUGACCGCUACGUGGCCAUCUGUAAACCUCUGCACUAUGCCACGCUCGUGAACAGAGAGAUCUGCUGCACCCUGGUGGGGGCAGCGUGGGCAGGGGGCUUCGUUCAUGGCAUCAUCCUCUUUGGUCUGUCCAUCCAGCUGCCCUUCUGUGGCCCCAACAUCCUGGACAACUUCUUCUGUGACGUCCAUCAGCUGGUGAAGCUGGCCUGCGCUGACACCUACGCGGUGGAGAUGAUCAUGUUCCUCAACAAUGGUGUGGUCAUCAUGAUGUGCUUCAUCCUCCUCAUCAUAUCCUAUGCUGCCCUGCUGCUCCGGCUGCGGACUCACUCCCCCAGGUGGGAGAGCAAAGUGGCCUCCACCUGUGUAUCACACAUCAUCGUGGUCUUCGUGAUGUGCGGCCCGGCCAUCUACAUCUAUGCCCUGCCCUUCCGGGCUGCCCCCCUGGAGAAGGUGGUGGCUGUGUUCCACACUGUGGUCUUCCCCCUCACCAACCCCAUGAUCUACACCCUGAGGAACAAGGAGAUCAAAAGCUCCAUGAGGAAGUUAAUCAACAGGCGCUUAACGUUUCAGUCCUGGGCAGUGCAACUAUUGAAAAAAAAUCUAACAAUGUCCGGUUUUGCAUGA